UUUUUUUUUUUUUUUUUUUGAGACGGAGUCUCACUCUUGUUGCCCAGGCUGGAGUGUGGUGGUGCUAUCUGGGUUCACUGCAAACUCCGCCUCCCAGGUUCAAGUGAUUCUCCUGCCUCAGCCUCCCGAGUAGCUGGGAUUAGAGGCAUGCGCCACCACGCCAGGCUAAUUAUAUAUUUUUUAGUAGAGACAGGGGGUUUCUCCAUGUUGGUCAGGCUGGUCUCGAACUCCCGACCUCAAGUGAUCCGCUCACCUCAGCCUCCUAAAGUGCUGGGAUUAUAGGUGUGAGCCACCACGCCCCAAUUUUUUUUUUUUCUUUUUUUGAGACAGAGUCUCGCUCUGUCACCCAGGCUGAAGUGCAGUGGCGCAAUCUCGGCUCACUGCAAUCUCUGCCUCCCGGGUUCGAGCGAUUCUCCUGCCUCAGCUUCCCGAGUAGCUGGGACUACAGACGUGUGCCACCACACCCAGCUAAUUUUUGUAUUUUUAGUAGAGAUGGGAUUUCACCAUGUUAGCCAGGCUGGUCUCGAUCUCUUGACCUCGUGAUCCACCUGCCCCAGCCUCCCAAAGUGCUGGGAUUACAGGCGUGGGCCACCGCACCUGGCCACAUCAUCUUUUUUAUGUGACAAACUGCUACUCAUUCCUCAAACCCUAGCCCCUGUGACCCCCUUCCAAGGGUUGUCCCAGCCUCUCCCUCUCUGGCCUAGCCCUGACCUUGCGGGGUUGGGUGUGCCUGUCAAGGUGGGGGCCACAGCUGCCGGGAGCAUGGGUGGCAGCCGGAAGGAGACCUGAAGCGGAGCGCAGCCCUGGGAGAGGCGCCCAUGGCCAGGGUGGGGGUGGAGGUGGUCAGGCUGGAUAAAGGGAGGAGCCAGAUAAGUGGACAGGAGGUGCUCCAGUAGGGACGGGGUCCCCUUCUCUGGAUAGAGGGGCAGGACAGGGACCCACCUCAACCAGGGCCAUCCUCAAAAAGCUGACUGGGAAGGGUAAGAUGCACACCACAUUCCUGUCUCAUUGGCUGUGGCCUCAGUUUCUUCAUCUGUAAAAUGGGGUAAUGCCCACCCCAGAGGCUGGGAACCAGUGCAUGUCCUACAUUAAUGGGGGGGUGAUGACCCCAGAGUGAGCCUGCUGCAUCCCCUCACCACACUCCCACCCACCCUGGAGAAACUGAGGCUGGGAGAGGCCAGUUACCUCCCGAGGUCACAGCAUAGCCGGCUGGUGACUGGCUGGGCACAAGGCAGGCCUGGCACUGGCUAAUCGCUCCAUAAAUGCCCUCUGAGGUCACCAUUGACAGAUGCAGGAGGCCAGGGCUGGCCAGGGCACCCCCACUCCACGGCAGGUGACUCCAGCCUGUUUUCCUGGACGACGGCCGCUGACUCAGGCCCCUCUUCCCGUCCCCCCCACGCGGGCGCCCCCAGGCGGAAGCACCAGGCCUGGGGCGGCAGGAAGGGGGCGGGGCAGGGAGUCGCGCUGUACACCCCGAAACCCUGUCCCGGUGACGAUUCGGGGUGCAUCCGAGCCCGUGGCUAGGCAGGCCGAGACCCCUGUAUCGGGGCAUUCAAGGGGCGUCCCCCCAUGAACUGCGCCAAACCUGGGUACGGGGUGGCCCAGCCGCCAAGGCGCCCCAGGGCCCGGGCCGGCAGGCAGGGGCGGGGGCCAGUCUGCGUCACCGCCCGCCCGGCCCCCCGCCCCCCUGCCCGCCCAAACUCCACCCCGAGGGAAGGCGGCGCGGAUAAAGGCUGGGGGCCGCCCGCUUGGCCCAGACCGGCCCGGCCAGCGCGCAUUCAGUCCCGGACGAGGGUACUCGCAGCAUUUGAGACGCAGGACCGGCCGCGCACGAUCCUCGGAGCGGCGGCGGCGGCUGUUGCUAAGGGAGGGGACGCGCGAGGAAGCGCGACCCGGGCUGCAGAUUGCACCCAGCGCCACCGGCCGAACGGCGCCCCCUCCCCAGGACCCUCCCCCGCGCCGCGCCCCGGUCGCGCCCGCCGCCCUUUAAAGGAGAAGCGAGUGCCGUCCCCACCCCCGGAAGGCGCCCCCAGGAGCCGGAGCGACCUCGGAGCGCCACUCGGAUUUUGGAUUUCGGUCUCGCCUUCCGCGGCCGGGACUUUCUCGAGGAGGACACGCGCUACUCCGCGCCCCCGAGUGCCCGGAGGACCCGGCAUCCGGGAAGCCCAUAGCCCCUGUCCCGGAGGCGCGGCGAGGAUUGGCGGCGCCCGCCGCCCCCAGGCCCCCAGCGCGCGCCGGGGAUGGAGCCGCAGCCCGGCGGCGCCCGGAGCUGCCGGCGCGGGGCCCCCGGCGGCGCCUGCGAGCUGGGCCCGGCGGCCGAGGCGGCGCCCAUGAGCCUGGCCAUCCACAGCACCACGGGCACUCGCUACGACCUGGCCGUGCCGCCCGACGAGACGGUGGAGGGGCUGCGCAAGCGGUUGUCUCAGCGCCUGAAAGUGCCCAAGGAGCGCCUGGCGCUUCUCCACAAAGACACCCGGCUCAGUUCGGGGAAGCUGCAGGAGUUCGGCGUGGGUGAUGGCAGCAAGCUGACCUUGGUACCCACCGUGGAAGCGGGCCUCAUGUCUCAGGCCUCAAGGCCGGAGCAGUCUGUGAUGCAAGCCCUCGAGAGUCUCACGGAGACGCAGCCCCCAGCGGCGCCCGGGCCGGGCCGGGCUGGCGGAGGAGGCUUCCGGAAAUACAGAUUCAUUUUAUUUAAGCGUCCGUGGCACCGACAGGGACCCCAGAGCCCAGAGAGGGGCGGCGAGAGGCCCCAGGUCAGUGACUUCCUGUCGGGCCGCUCGCCACUGACACUGGCCUUGCGUGUGGGCGACCACAUGAUGUUCGUACAGCUGCAGCUCGCGGCCCAGCACGCUCCACUGCAACACCGCCAUGUGCUGGCCGCCGCCGCUGCCGCCGCUGCCGCUGCACGGGGGGACCCAAGCAUAGCCUCCCCCGUGUCCUCACCCUGCCGGCCCAUGUCCAGUGCCGCCCGAGUCCCCCCGGUGCCCACGAGUCCCUCCCCUGCGUCUCCCUCGCCCAUCACAGCCGGCUCUUUCCGGUCCCACGCAGCCUCCACCACCUGCCCAGAGCAGAUGGACUGCUCCCCCACGGCCAGCAGCAGUGCCAGUCCUGGUGCCAGCACUGCAUCUACCCCAGGGGCCAGCCCUGCCCCCCGCUCCCGAAAACCCGGCGCCGUCAUCGAGAGCUUUGUGAAUCACGCCCCGGGGGUCUUCUCAGGGACCUUCUCUGGCACGCUACACCCCAACUGCCAAGACAGCAGCGGGCGGCCACGGCGUGACAUCGGCACCAUCCUGCAGAUCCUCAAUGACCUCCUGAGCGCCACCCGGCACUACCAGGGCAUGCCCCCCUCGCUGGCCCAGCUCCGCUGCCACGCCCAGUGCUCCCCGGCUUCCCCGGCCCCCGACCUGGCCCCCAGAACUACCUCCUGCGAGAAGCUCGCGGCUGCCCCCGCAGCCUCCCUGCUGCAGGGCCAGAGCCAGAUCCGCAUGUGCAAGCCUCCGGGGGACCGGCUUCGGCAGACGGAAAACCGCGCCACACGCUGCAAGGUGGAACGGCUGCAGCUGCUCCUGCAGCAGAAACGGCUGCGUAGAAAGGCCCGGCGGGACGCGCGGGGUCCGUACCACUGGUCACCCAGCCGCAAGGCCGGCCGCAGCGACAGCAGUAGCAGCGGGGGCGGUGGCAGCUCCAGCGAGGCCUCCGGCCUGGGCCUCGACUUCGAGGACUCCGUGUGGAAGCCAGAAGUGAACCCCGACAUCAAGUCAGAGUUCGUGGUGGCUUAGGAUCUUCGGAUCGGCCACCCUCGCCCCUCGAACCCCAGCCCAGGGCGGCGGGGACUCGGAGAGCCCCGGAGAGAGUGUGGUCCAGCUCUGGAGGGCAGGCGGCCACUCCCCCCAGCCACAAGCCUUUCUUUUUUCCUUCUUUUUUAUUAUUUUUUUCUUUUUUUAAAAAGUUCAGACUGUGGUUUCCUGGACUCUUCAUGGGCUUUGCUUCCUACCUCCUUCACCCUCCACUCCUGCCCUCCUCUUCCUCCUUCACUUCCUCCUCCUCCUCCUCCUCCUCCUCCUCUUCCUACCUGUCUCCUUUCACCUCUGCGCCGGGUCAGUCCUCCCUGCCAACCUUCCCCAGCUCCAAUAUGUAGCAGUCUGUGGAUGGCGGAGAGUGAAGGAGAAACCUGCCCCCCUCCCUUCCUCCGCCUCCUUUCCCCCGAUCCUAUUCAGGUUUUAAGUCAAAAAUGUUGAUACGUCAUUAUGCACUUUACAGAUAAGGGGAGGGGGCCACAGCGCGCAGAACCCUUCCCCCCCCAGUGCAGACUUCGGGGCCUCCACCCCAGGCCAGCAGCACCCAAUGGGCGACAGCAAGCCAACAGGUCACAGAAGCCAACGAGGGGACUGUUUCUCUUCCACUCCUGUCCUUUUUUCUUGGUCUCUUUUUGCAUUUUCCUUCAUUUCUUUAAAAAGGGGAGCAAAGCCGUUUUAGCAGAGAGGCUGGGGCUGGGGUCCGCACAGGGUUUGGGUGCAGGGGCGUGGCACCCUUUCCUGCCGGGAAGGGAGAGGGGAACUACCCCCCCCCAGCCCGCCCUCCGCCCCGCCCCAGCCGGCAGACUGUGCUGUUUCCUCCGCCCCCACCCCCAUGUUUUCUGACCUGCCUGAGCUUGGGGUAUUUAUAGACUAUUAAUUUUCUGACUGAGCCAAUAGUGGUUGGGGAACUCUUGAAAAAGGAGAGAGAAUGGCUGGGUGCUGGGGAGUUCCCCCCUCCGAGCCCUCCUUCCUGGCCCAACCUGAGGGACGUGGAUUUGGGACUGUCUGGGGGCCCCUCCUGCAGCCAGGAUGGGAGGGGGUGCUGAGCUGUGAAUCCCCUGGGCAGGGGGCAACAACUCCGUGUAGCAUUAACCCCCGUGGCGGGGUCCGCUGCUGGUCUAAUUUGGACCCCCCGCCCCUCGGUGCCCCUGCCCUAGGGGUGUCUGGCUCCAGAGGGGAGGGACAAAUCCCCUCCUGGGGCCAUUUCAAUGGGGUAGUUUUUGCAUUUUUUUUUCCCCACUCACUUUUUAUUUUUUAAUGAUAACGGAGAUGUCUGGGCCCUUCCCCACCCCGCCUGUUGGUCUUGUCCUGGCCCUGCCUGUCCCCUCCUUUGUUCUCGUAGGUGAACCCCAGGUCCUCAACUCCCCCCUUUACGUGUGGAAAGUUAAUGGUUUCAGAUGUGAACAUCACGUGUUGUAACUGUAGCUCUGUACAUUUUUCUGUGGGGGGUGGGCAGGGAGGGGUCCCAGAGGGUAGAGCUCAAGGAUUUGGGGUUUUGUUUUGUUUUCGUUUUUCCAAAAAAAAAAAAAGAAGAAAAAAAAAUAGAAAAAAAAAAAGGAGAAACAGGGGCGGGUUUGUUUUUUGAAGAACUGUCUUGGAUACCCUAUUUAAAUGUGUGUUCUGUUUUGUUUUUUAACGAUUUUUAAAUAACGUCUGUGCCUCCGUGGGUUGCGGGUGGAACCUCCAGGCAGGAACCGGCUCGCCACCCUCUGCCCCGUAAGGGCUGCCCAAGAAAGCAUUACCCACCCUCGGGGGGUCGGGCUGUGGGGGUCCCGGCACCUGGCGUGACUUUCAUGUAUGAAAACAUAAAAUUAAAAAAAAAAUACCUACAUGAGCACCGUGAUUUCAAGUAAUAAACAGAAAAUGGAA